AUGCCUGUACGAAAUCUAGAGGCUGAAACCAUCGCGGAGGUGUUAGUUGACCAUGUGUUCUCACGGUUUGGAGUUCCCAUGGAGCUCCAUUCAGAUCAAGGGCGAAACUUCGAAUCCGAAGUAUUUCGCGAAAUAAUGAAGAUUAUGGGACGGCCGGCCGUUCACGAAACUACACAGUACACUCCGGCCAAAAUGAUGAUGGGCCGGGAACUGCAUCUUCCUCUAGAUUUGGUCCUUGGCGGUUCCCCUAAUGUAAAUAGUCAUAUCAGCUCAGGAUGGGUCAGCAAUUUGCAGAGAAACCUUCGGGAAGUCCAUGAGUUAGCGAGGAAUCAAAUACAAUUAACCAGCGACCACAUGAAAGCUAGAUAUGAUUUUAGAGCAAAUUGUCCUAAAUAUAAAGAAGGUGAUAAGGUGUGGUUAUACAAUCCACAUAGACGUAGGGGAAGGAGUCCUAAACUUCAAAGAAACUGGGAAGGGCCGUACGAAGUAAAAAAAUGCUGGAAUGAUGUGGUCUACCGUAUUCAAAGAGGACAGGGAAGACCUAAAGUAGUUUAUAGCGAUCGGUUGUGGUAUUAUAGUAAACACGACGAGGACGUCGAUAAUUAA